GAGGAGAAGGGUGUUGUGAUCCAUCAAGGAUGGGGAAAAUGGGAUCCUCAAUGGCUCCUCUUCUUUGUACUGCCUUUCUGGCUCUUCUUUCCCUAAGCUUGCUAUCAACCACCAAUGCUAAUUAUGUCUAUGCCUCUCCCCCGCCUCCUAAGAAGGUAGACUAUCCGCCUCCCGUCUACCAUUCUCCGCCACCACCUAAGAAGGUGUAUUACCCGCCUCCUGUUUACUCUCCGCCACCACCUAAGAAGGUCUACUACCCACCUCCCGUCUACCAUUCUCCUCCACCACCGAAGAAGGUCUACUACCCUCCUCCUGUCUACUCACCACCACCACCCAAGAAGGUGUACUACCCGCCUCCAGUCUACCAUUCUCCCCCACCACCCAAGAAGGUGUACUACCCACCUCCGGUCUACCAUUCUCCCCCACCACCCAAGAAGGUGUACUACCCGCCUCCCGUCUACCAUUCUCCCCCACCACCCAAGAAGGUAUACUACCCGCCUCCAGUCUACCAUUCUCCACCACCACCCAAGAAGGUGUACUACCCGCCUCCAGUUUACCAUUCUCCCCCACCACCCAAGAAGGUCUACUACCCACCUCCGGUCUAUCAUUCUCCACCACCACCGAAGAAGGUCUACUACCCACCACCUGUCUACUCUCCCCCACCACCCAAGAAAGUCUACUACCCGCCUCCUGUUUACUCUCCACCACCACCCAAGAAGGUAUACUACCCACCUCCAGUCUACUCUCCACCACCACCCAAGAAGGUCUACUACCCACCACCUGUCUACUCUCCACCACCACCCAAGAAGGUCUACUACCCACCUCCUGUCUACUCUCCCCCACCACCCAAGAAGGUCUACUACCCACCUCCCGUCUACUCUCCACCACCACCCAAGAAGGUAUACUACCCUCCACCCGUGUACUCUCCACCACCACCCAAGAAAGUAUACUACCCGCCACCAGUACACUCUCCACCACCACCGGUGUAUUACUACUCAUCCCCACCUCCUCCCCACUACUAGGAACUAAAUUCCCUUCCACGUCAAGCGCAGGAAGAUGAGGUGAGCAUACAGUAUAUGUCGAACUCAAAAUAAGACGCUUUGAAAGAUCCGAAGCAUAGUGUGAAGUUCUUUUUCAUAUAUUAAUGUAUCCGUUCUCAAAUUCUAUGUAUUUGCUUCCAAUCCUAUGUUGUCUUAGGUUGUCUUGUAACGGAGCUCAGCUCAGCUCAGCUUUUUUUGCUCAAAGCAAAGGUUGUGCUUUAUUUAUCUAUACUUACGUCUUCACGAAUGCAUUCUCAA